AUGUCAACUAAAAAAAAUGAGAAACGAGUUUCGACACGAAAAAAGUCUGUGCUACCGCUUAAAGUGAAAAUUGAAAUGCUUGAUCGAAUACGCCUCGGAAAGUCAUUUGCAAAAAAGGGUACCCCCAAGUGUCCAAUGGUCCGGGAGAAGGUAAAGCGUGUUUACGCUCAUUUUAAAGAACCUGAUGGUAGUUGUAGUGGUGAAUAUAUGGAUGGAGAAUUUCAAGCGUCGGAAGGUUGGUUCAAUAAAUUUAAGGUGAGACAAUCAUUGCAUAAGAUUAAAAUCGUUGGAGUAGCAGCAUCUGCAGACACUGCUGCAGUGGAGCGAUAUCCAGAAGAAUGUGCAAGCCUAGUAGCUGACGGAGGACACAAACCAGAGCAAGUAUUUAAUGCAGACGAAACUGCACUGUUUCGGAAGAGAACGCCAAACAAGACAUUCAUUUCUAAAGGCGAAAAGUCUGCUCCUGGAUUUAAGGCAGCAAAGGAUAGAGUUACACUGAUGCUAUGUUCUAAUGCAUCUGGAGAUUGUGUCAUUAAGCCGCUGAUGCUUUACAGAUCGUAUAAUCCUCAAGCUUUACAAAAUCAAAACAAGGACAAACAGUCAGUGUUUUGGAGUGCUAAUAAGAAAGCGUGGGUUACAAGCGCUAUUUUUUUUUUGGACAAUGCACCAGAUCAUCCUCGCGAACAUGAAACUAUGAAUCCAAAUAUAAAAGCUACAUUUUUGCCUCCCAACACGACGGCUUUGCUUCAACGUAUGGACCAAGGAAUAAUCACGCCUUUCAGCUCUAUUACAUGA